UCGUCGCAGCCAACCGGGUUCAGUGACGAACACCACCAUCAUCACCACCACCACCAUCAACCACCACCAUCAUCACGAACAUCAUCACCACCACCAUCAUCACCACCACGAUCACCAUCAUCACUGCCGGACUUGCCCCUGCCGCCUCCUCCACUCACUCAAGCGAUGGCCGAUACUGCUGGGAAAGUGAUCACGUGCCGCGCCGCUGUGGCCUGGGAGCCCAAGAAGCCGCUCGUCAUCGAGCAGGUGGAGGUUGAACCACCACGUGCCCAUGAAGUCCGCAUCAAGAUCGUGGCGACGGGCGUGUGCCACACGGACGCGUACACGCUGGGCGGCCUGGACCCGGAGGGCGUCUUCCCCGUGGUGCUGGGGCAUGAGGGCGGCGGCAUCGUGGAGAGCGUUGGCGAGGGCGUCACGCGCGUGAAGCCCGGCGAUGCUGUGAUUCCUCUCUACAUCCCGCAGUGUGGGGAAUGCAAAUUCUGCCUGAGCCCCAAGACGAACCUCUGCCAGAAAAUCAGGGUGACGCAGGGCCAGGGACUAAUGCCGGACGGAACGUCACGCUUCUCCUGCCGGGGCCAGCGCCUCUUCCACUUCAUGGGCACGAGCACGUUCUCCGAGUUCACCGUGGUGGCCGACGUGUCCGUGGCCAAGGUGUCGCCGGCCGCGCCGCUCGACCGCGUCUGCCUGCUGGGGUGCGGCGUCGCCACGGGAUACGGCGCCGCCCUCAACACCGCCAAGGUGGAGCCCGGCUCCACGUGCGCCGUUUUCGGCCUGGGCGCCGUCGGCCUCGCCGCCAUCAUGGGGUGCCAGGCGGCGGGCGCCAGCCGCAUCAUCGGGGUCGACAUCAACCCGGGCAAGUUCGAGACGGCGCGCACGUUCGGGGCGACCGAGUUCCUCAACCCCAAGGACCACGCGAAGCCGGUGGAGCAGGUGCUCGCGGAGAUGACCGACGGUGGUGUCGACUACUCCUUCGAGUGCAUCGGCAACGUCGGCACCAUGCGCUCGGCACUGGAGGCGACCCACAAGGGCUGGGGCGUCAGCGUCAUCAUCGGGGUGGCUGCAGCCGGCCAGGAGAUCGCGACGAAGCCCUUCAUGCUCGUCCUGGGGCGCACCUGGAAGGGCAUCGCUUUUGGGGGGUGGAAGAGCGUGGAGAGCGUGCCGCGCCUGGUGGACGACUACCUCGCCAAGAAGUUGAAGGUGGACGAAUUUGUGACCCACACGCUGCCCCUCGCCGAGAUCAACCAGGCGUUUGACCUGAUGCACGAGGGCAAGAGCAUCCGCACCGUGCUGAAGCUUUAAGCCCUGCAGCACCGAUGGCCAUCGGCAGAGAAUGAAGAGCACUUGGCAACGAUUAACAGCACAGCGGUGAAAUCGUAGAAAAUAAAUACAAUCAGCCUGCUCCUAUUGUCCUCUAUUUUUAGAUACAAAUACUGAAAGCUUGGCGAUUAUACGUUUUGCGAGUUGGGCAGUUCCGCACAGUUGUUACGUCAAAAACAAGUAGAUUACCAUUUUGCAAAUUAAAAAGAAAGCAUGAAAAUGCACGUAGACAGUUGCCGUGAAGGUGAUAGUCAAAAAGAAAAAUCUAACAACUUAAUGAGAUGAAAAUCCAGCUACUUGUUUCUGACAUGACCUCGGUGGAAUCGUCCAGUUGCAUCGUUUCAAUAAACAGACCCGUUGCUUGCUA